CUGCUUCUCAAAGCCCACCCCCUUCCCCUCAGUAUGGCCAACAUCUGGCCCCAGAGUGAAAGCCUUCCCAGCUCACUGUCUGUGUCCUGGUGCCUAAGGCUAGAAGGCCGGCAGUAGGGGAACUCGAGAAAGCCUCACUUGCUCUCUUUGCAAAGUCAGUUUCUCUUCCCCUCCAAGAGAGAGAGAGAGAGAAAAAAAGCCGUACUCUUCCUUCUGGGAGAGCUUGCGUGGCAUGUAAGCUGAAUCAGCCUGAGAGAGUGAACGGAUUUUUCACGCAGCAUAAAGGCAGGUCGGUUUGCAAGAAAAAAAUUUCCAGCGUGCUCUAGUUUGCCGAACCAGUUUCCCAGAAUCUGCCAGGCAGUGCCUCUGCCAGACGCAGGCGACAGGUUGUGUUGGGCAAAGAUUUUACUGCCUGGCAUCUCCACAGGAUCGCGAAGGCCACGUCUAUGGUGACAUGGUAGAAUGGCAGAACAACAAGGUCAUCAUUCUCUUGCUCUGGAAGAUCAGAACAACUUCCGUUACAACCCAGGCUUGGGCUAUCAGCAGGACGUUCAGCGACCUAUACCCACGUACGCCUAUCGCAGCCAACUGGCGGACUUCCGCAUCGAGAAGAAGAUUGGCAGAGGCCAGUUCAGUGAAGUCUAUCGGGCAAUCUACCUUCACAAUGGCAAAGCAGUGGCAUUAAAGAAAGUCCAGGUGUUUGAGAUGAUGGAUGCCAAGGCAAGACAAGACUGCAUUAAUGAGAUUGACCUUCUAAAGCAAUUGAAUCACCCCAACAUAAUUAAGUACUUGGACUCGUUCAUUGAGGACAAUGAGCUGAAUAUUGCACUGGAGUUGGCAGAUGCUGGCGAUCUCUCACAGAUGAUUAAGUACUUCAAAAAGCAAAAGCGGCUUAUUCCAGAAAGAACAAUAUGGAAAUAUUUUGUGCAGCUAUGCAGCGCAGUGGAGCACAUGCACUCCCGGAGGGUGAUGCACAGAGACAUCAAGCCGGCAAAUGUGUUCAUCACAGCAACGGGAGCGGUGAAGCUCGGUGACCUCGGUCUCGGCCGGUUCUUCAGCUCCAAGACCACAGCUGCACACUCCUUAGUUGGAACUCCAUACUACAUGUCCCCGGAGAGAAUACAUGAAAACGGUUACAACUUCAAAUCCGAUAUCUGGUCACUUGGUUGCUUAUUAUAUGAGAUGGCCGCCCUCCAGAGCCCAUUCUAUGGGGACAAAAUGAAUCUCUUUUCCCUCUGUAAAAAGAUAGAGCAAUGUGACUACCCACCUCUUCCAGAAGAGCACUUCUCUGAGAAGCUACGAGAGUUGGUGAUCAUGUGCAUCAACCCUGAGCCCGACCUUCGACCAGAUAUAAGCUUCAUGCACCAAAUCGCAAAGCAGAUGCACGGGUGGACAGCAAGUACCUGAACAGCCAGCCUUGCAGAGGUCUGCCUGAGAACAAUUACAGCAUAGCCUUGCCUAAAGUUUGUUUGAAAGAAACAAAAUAAACACCAGCGAAGAUCUGAAGGGAGAAAAGCGCUGCCAGCGGAAUGAGAUAGACCCAUUUUGGAACUAAAUAACACUGUACGGACAGUUAGAAUAGAUUUUAGCCUCUGUAGAAUGGUUAAGUUCGGUUAUCUGACCAAAUGCUAAAGGAAUGAUAUAGUCUCCGUGCUUCUGUGUUACAUUUUCAAAAUGUAUUUAGAGAUAUGCUUUAUAAUUUCUUACUCUCAUUUCUGUUUAUGAAAUUUCAAAGCAGUGAUGUUAAACAAUGUAGAACCAUUAUGUAAAACGGAAUUCAGUACACAUUAUUAUUUUGGACUAACAAUUGUCAGUGUGGUAAGACAAGCAAGGAAAGUGGUGAGCAACAUGUUUCCCCUAACACACUCUGUAAGAAAAAUAUUGAAAUAGAAAUGAUAGACUAUUCUUAGCAAUGUUAAAAAAUUAGUCUACAUAAGAUAUUUUUACUAAAUAGCUUAGAGAAAGUUAUCUUUUCAGAGUUAUUUAGUGUACUUCCAGGGGAACACAGUGUUGAUGUGUAUUUGUAUGUCAAAUACUCCAGUAACGGUACAGUAAUGUAAUCUUGUUCUAUUUUUCCCUUUCUCGCCUUAGCCGCAGUUUAUCUCGACUUGCUCCAUAGUAUGGAGUCAAACCACGGUGAUAUUACAUUUUAACAAUGACUGACUCACUGCCUUCUCACAUUUUCGAUGUGAUCAGUCUUUGACUGAGGUUAUGGUUGAGUUGGAGGUCUUUAUAACCAGGGGAGUGAGUGAUAGUGAGAACACUCAGCUGAUGCGAAGGUCAGAGACCUUGUGUGCCUUCAAUGUGGCCAAAAGAUUAUCCGGCAAAAGAUCUCCAAGUGCCAAAUAUAACUGAGCCUUACUAAUUCAUUUCUUCAUACAUAACUGUAACCAUUCAAAAUUCCUCAUCUCAUUGAAAGUUAAUUCAAGGAUGACAGUGAGCAGAAAAGGAGUUAUACACUAAUUGGCCACUUUAUUAGGUACAUUUGCUCAUUAAUGCAAAUAUCUAAUCAGCAAAUCAUGUGGCAGCAAUUCAAUAUACAAAAGCAUGCAGACAUGGUCAAGAGGUUCAAUUGUUGUUCAGACCAAACAUCAGAAUGGGGAAAGAAAUGUGAUUUAAGUGACUUUGACUGUGGAAUGAUUAUUGAUGCCAGAUUUGAUGGUUUGAGUUUCUCAGAAAUUGCUGUUCUCCUGGGAUUUUCACACACAAGUCUCUAGAGUUUACAGAGAAUGGUGUGAAAACAAAAAAUCCAAUGAGGAGCAGUUAAUGAGAGAAGUCAGGUGAGAAUGGCCAGACUGGUUCAAGCUGACAGGAAGGCGACAGUAACUCAAAUAACCACAUGUUACAACAGUGGUGUGCAGAAGAGCAUCUCUGAAUAUACAACACAUCGAACCUUGAAAUGGAUGGGCUACAGCAGCAGAAGACUACAAACAUACACUCAGUGACUACUUAAUUAGGUACAGGAGGUAGCUAAUGCAGUGGCCACUGAGUGUAUAUCAUAUGCUUUCUCUCCAAGUCAGACUAUUGGCAACAGAAACACUCUUCAGCCCUCAGAACAGUAUCUGUACUUGCUGUGUUUAACCACUGUCACUCAAAGACGCAGACUAAUCUGCGGUUAUUUUCACAUACAAUGGAUUAAAAAACACACACAUACAAAAAAUGCAUUUGAGUUCUCAGAAGAAACAGUACAAUAUCUUGGGCAUGGCUCAACAGGAAAUAUUCAGUGAACUCAAAGACCCAGAGUGAUGCGUCUUAGAUAGGCUGGGUUUACAGCAUACAGUAACUGUGAUGUUUUCAACACUGUCAAUACUGAUUAGCCAGGGGCAGAGUGGCCCUUCCAACAAUCCUGUCGAUUUACCAGCUGUGAAUGCCUUGUAAAAUGUGAAUGUUUUCCAAUGUACUGGAUUCGUGAAACACACGAAGAAAAAAGAUAUAGUGCUUUAGUGUGACGGACGUUCGGAGGUCUGUUGUGUUUCCCUAGACUUCAUUCCUGGUACUUGACCUGCCAAGGGACUGUGAGGGGAUUGAAGACCACUUGUUAACGGGUAAUGCGUGAGAACACACAGGCAUAGGGACGAGCUUACAUUUUAAAUGGAGUCGUAUCUCCAGUCUGUACAGAUGGAACCAGUACUCUGAUACAAUCCUCAUGGUGAAGCAAUCCAUUAUUUACGUAGACGUGUACUGAAUUACACUGUGGACCAAAACUCUGCAUUAAUUAGUUAUGCAGGCUAAUAUUAGGAACAUUGUAUACAAUGUAGAGUAAUGACAUAUUCACAAAUAUAGUUGCUUACACUAAAGUGUAAAAUUGUUCCGGCAUCUAUUAUUUUAACCGGGUGAUGCAUGGAUUUAAAACUUCAUAGUGUUACUUAUAUCAAGCUUGCAAAAUUCUGUAAAUCAAUCUGCCUACCAUUAAAAUCAAAUGAUUUGCAGCAUACUAACAGAAUAAAAAAUAACUACUUAGAGACUUUCUUUGCAACUAAAACUUGCCAUUCUAUUAUUAUUUUCAUGCAAUUGCUCUUUUACCAAAAUUCAAGAUUGUUUAAUGUCAUUUUCAGCACACAAGUGUAAAGGCCCUCCAUUGGUCCGGGUCAACCAUUGAUGUUGCGUCCUAGUGGUCUGCAUGAUACACAAGCCAGGGCAGUACGAUAUGGAGAGCAAACUGUUGCCCAUGUAGCAGGCUCCCCUCUCCACAUGACUGAUGAACCCAAAGGAACGGCAGACACCAGAGUUUGGUACCGGCAGCUUCACAUGUUGCCAGUCAGCGUUGAACUCAACCUAGUAUGUCUUAGGGACUCCAGCUCCAGGAGUUUAUUCCUGAAACCUUCCCCAUGAGUGGGUACAGCCGCAAGGCAGUAGAGAUUUGAGGCCAGAGUUUUCCUCCUGGAUGAGCUGACAACCCCCGGAAGCAACUGUUUUUAAGGCGUCAGUAACAUGCCUUUGUCGCUUCUCCAGUCAGUAGAAAUGGCUCCACUGGGCUUCAUAGCUAAGCCACAUGUGAAGGCCAGGAGCUGGAUGUGGUUGUCAGAGGCUAUUUGAGACACACACCAUUGGGAAGAUUUAAUAGGCAGUGGGAACUUAUCCCCACUACCGCUCCCAGCUAUAACCUUAAGGAAGUUUAAACAAAAUAAUUGUUACUCCAGAUCAGAUACAGCGCAAAAAAAGAUUCAUUAAUAUAAAGAACACACUAGGAAUAAAAACACAAUAAAUACAUGAUAGCGUAUUUACAUAGAUUGAUUGUAUGUCCAUAAAGUGACGCUAGGUACAGGAGUGUCUGUACAGAAGGUAUUUGACCGUUAGUCUCCCAUGUUUCCUCUGCACUUCAGGGGUGACCGAUAAGAAAUGAUAAGGUAGUGGUGGUGGGGAAUGUGGAGAGGUGGGUUAGUGGGUGAAGGUGUUGAUCAGUCUUACUGCUUAGGGAAAGUAACUGUUUUUGAGUCUGGGUGUCCUAGCAUGGAUGCUACGUAGCCUCCUCACUGAUGAGAGUGGGACAAACAGUCCAUGAGUAGAGUGGAUAGGAUCCUUCAAGAUGUUAAGGACAAAGGACCUGAUACAGAGAUAUAAAGUUCAAAGUUCAACAGUCCAGGAGCAGAGUGAGUGGGAACCAUAUUAAUUUUAACAUACUGACCUUCAUAAAUUGAAAUAUUGAAUUUAGGAUUUGGGGUGUUAAGUUGAAAUUGUAUAAGGCGUUUCGAGUAUUGUGUGCAGUUCUGGUCAUUUACCUACAGGAAAGAAGUCAAUAAGAAUGAAAGAGUACCCAGAAAAUUUACAAAGAAUUUGCUGGGAUUUGAGGACCUGAAUUACAGUGAAAGGUUGAAUAGAAGUAUUUUAUUCCCUGGAGUGUAAGAGAAUGAGGGGAGAUUUGAUAGAGAUAUAUAAAAUUAUGAGGGGUAUAGAUAGGGUAUAUGCAAGCAGGCUUUUUCCAUCGAACUUGGGUGAGACUAGAACUAGAGACCAUGGGUUAAGGGUGAAAGGUGAAAUGUUUUAGGGGAACAUGAGAGGGAACUACCUCACUCGGGGUGGUGAGAGUGUGGAACGAGCUCCCUGUGGGAGUGCCGAAUGCGGGUUCAAUUGCACCAUUUAAGAGAUGUUUGUAUAAGCACAUGCAAGGGAGGGGCACAACCUAGGUGCAGGUUGAUGGAAACUAGGCAAAAUAAUACUUUGGCAUGGACUAGAUGGGCCAAAGGGCCUGUUUCUAUGCUGUAGUGCUCUGUGACUCAAUGAACUCAGAAUUGCUCCGGGAAAGAUAUUCAGAAAAUGCAUUAAGGAUCAAGGAACCAACUUCUUCAUCAAGUACACUUACAUGUAUUAGGAAUCUGUUUGUGAUGUGUUGGCCAAGGCACAACAUGCAACAAAAAAAUAACAACAUUCACCGAUUAUAAACUAUAUAAAAAAGCUAGAGAUUAGAAGACAUAUAGAAUAAAAUGUGCAUAAAUACUAGCAUGUAUUUACACUGUAAACAACAUUGUAAAAUGUGGUUUAAAAUGCUUAGUGUAGUGCGGUGAUGGGUUAACAGAUAGAGGGGGUGAGGAGGUGCAACUAGAGUAGUUGAUCAGAUAACUACCUGGGGGAAGAAACUUUUAAAAUGGCGUGAAGCUUUUGUUUUAAUAGCCCUACAUCACUUUCUAGAAGGCAGUUUUUGGAAAAGUCAGUUUCCUGGGUUGGUAGUGUCUGCAAUUAAUUUUUCCUGCCUUCUUCAUUGUUCUGGACACAUACAAGUCCUGCAGUGACGAUAGACUGCGUCCAAUAACCUUUUCUGCUGACCUAUCAGUUCGCUGUAGUUUCUGCAUAUUGUGAGAGGCUGCUAUGCCACGGUAGAUGUGAUACGCAUGAACGAGCAGCACGAAGAACUAUCCUACAGGUCACAAAACAGAGGUUCUGGUGCAUGGGGGAUUGUAGGGCAGUAAGGCAUGCUGGUGUGGUAUUUUAAAGAGGGAAUAUACAGAGACAGAAAGAAACCAUGAGAGAUUAGAGUGCAAAUAAAGGAUCAAGAGCGAAAAAAGCAGAGGAAAAUGUUCAGAGAAAAGACUGAUUUUUUUUUCAGAGAAAAAAAGUGGUGGUAAGAUGAGCAAGGUAAGAGGGAUAGAUCAAAUGGAUAACCAGAGACAUUUUUCCCAAGGCUGAAAUGGCUGAUAUGAGGGGGCAUAAUUUUAUGGUGAUUGAAGGGAAGUAUACAGGUAAUGUCAGAGGUCAGUUGUUUUUUUUACAGACAGUGUUGGGUGUGUGGAAUAUCUUGCCAGGAGUGGUGACAGAGCAGAUACAUUCCGGACAUUUAAGAGAAUCUUAUAAAGGCACAGGGACGAUAGAAAAAUGGAGGGUUAUGUGGGAGGGAAGGGUUAGAUUGAUCUCAAAGUAGAUUGAGGACUGCUCACCAUCACAGGCUGAUGGGCCUGUACUGAUGUUAAAUGCAUGGUAAUCCUCACUGCUGACUCUUU